AUGGUCAUUUGCCUUCGACUUGAGAUAGAUGAUGCAUUUGAAUCAGAUUUAGAAACACUUAAAUAUAUUGUUUAUCAAGCUCCAUUCCACGAUUUAACAGAAACGUUACCUUCAAAUACGCAUAUUAAAGAUUCACCAACAAUCAAAACAGCUAGUAUCGGACAAAGAGAACCACGCGAGCUUUUUGUAGAAACAUAUGUGUUUGACGAUUCAUUAUCAUUACCUGAUCAUCGUUCAUCAUCAUCAAGCGUAAUGAGUGAUGCUAUUGAAAUGACUUAUCUUGAUUUAUCAAAACGUCGUCAACAACAAGAAAUGAAUAUUUCAAAUACUAAUGAAAUUGAUGCUAUACCAAAAACAACAACAAUGGCAGAGGAAGCUCAGCAACAAAAACAAUUAACAACACAAUCAUCAUUUACUGAUGUUAGUGAUUUACCAACUAUUAAAGAUAAUACUAAAACAAAAAAUAAUCGAAAAGUAUCAACAACAACAAAUGAUACAACUCAAUUAUCUACUCAUGUAUCAACAACACCUGAUUUACAAAUUCCAUUCUAUUGUGGUAAUCAUCUUGUCGAUAUAACUAAAGGCAUUUUACAUCUAUAUAAAGACAAUAAAGCAUUAGGGACGAAUAAUGAACCGAAACAUAGUGAAAUGUUAGCUAUGUUAGCUAUUCCAGCUGAUGUUGCUUGUCGAGAAUUAAUCACAUUUAUUUAUCCUGUUUACAAUAGUAUUGAAUAUUUACGUAUUAUUCGUGAUCCAACACCUAAUCAAUAUAUGUGUUUAAUUAAAUUCAAAUCUCAAAAAGAAGCUGAUGAAUUCUAUGAUUAUUAUAAUAAUCGUCAGUUUAAUUCAAUUGAAAAAGGUGUUUGUCAUUUAGCAUUUGUUGCAAAAGUUGAUAUAACAAGUACAGCUAAGGAAGGAUCAUGUCCUAUACCUGGUCUGACAGAAUUACCACCAUGUUAUAUUUGUCUUGAACGAAUGGAUGAAAGUCUUUCUGGAGUAUUAACUAUACUUUGUAAUCAUUCUUUUCAUGGUGAUUGUCUCAUUAAAUGGGGUGAUAGUUGUUGUCCUGUCUGUCGUUAUGUGCAAACACCGGAGGUCAUCGAUGGUCAAUCAUGUUUUGAAUGUGGUUCACAAGAAGAUCUUUGGAUUUGUUUAAUUUGUGGGCAUGUUGGUUGCAGUCGAUUUAAACAGGGUCAUGCUUUUGGACAUUUUGAAUUAACUCAACAUACUUAUACAAUGGAUUUAAAACGACAACAUGUUUGGGAUUAUGUUGGUGAUAAUUAUGUUCAUCGACUUAUACAAAAUAAAAGUGAUGGCAAACUUGUUGAAUUACGUGGUGAAGGUGUUAAUAAUUAUGAUAUUGAUGACCUUACUGAAAAUACAUCAAAAAGUAAUACAACUCAAGAAAAAAUUGAUUCAAUGGAACUUGAAUAUACUUAUUUAUUAACGAGUCAAUUAGAAUCCCAACGACGUUUUUUUGAAGAAAAAUUACAAUUUGUUGAAGAUGUUACUCAUGAAAAAUUAGAAGAACUUGAACAAUCAAAUAAAUUAUUAAAAGAUCAUGCACAACAAUUACAGACAACACUAGAUGCAUUAGUGAAAGAUAAACAACAACAAGAAAAACGUUCUUCAACUAAGAUGACUAAAAUUCAACUUAAUUUCGAUGAAGAAAAAUUAAUGAACGAACAAUUGAGACAAAAUCAAAAUUAUUUUCAAACUGAAGUACAAAAAUUAAAAGAAGAAUUUGAUACUGCUAUGAAAACUAAAAAUCAAGAAAUUGAUGAAUUAAAAGAUCAAUUACGUGAUCUUAUGUUUUUUAUUGAUGGUCAACAGAAAUUAAAAGAAAUAACAGAUUUAUCUGUUGAUGAACUUGAAUCAAGUCAAGUAACUGUAAAUAGUCCAACAACGACUACAGCUAAUUUAACUCCAACAACAAAUUUAGCUAAAUCAAGACGAAGAAAAAAAUAA